UUCAAAGCUCUAUUCUGUUCCCUUUUAUGACAAAGAUCAGCAAGGCAAGGUUUCUAAUCUGUGGGUCUUACAGUCCCCCGCAGUUCCUCAACUCUGCCGCUGUUUCCUCAGAAUUGCUUUAGGCAGUAUGUAAAAGAAUGGAUUUAACUGGGUUGCAAUCAAACUUUAUAUAAACAGGCAGCUGGUCUUCUAACCAGUCUGCCAGUCCUGGCUCUGAGCGCCGGAAUGUGUGAUUCCCAAUUGACUGACCUCCAAAAGAAAAACUGCUGUUUUGGGGGAAGAAAAUCAUUCUGAAAACCCAAAGACAGGCAGGCGCGCGCGCGCGCACACACACACACACACACACACACGCGCACACGCACGCACGCACACACACACGAACUAAACAUUAAAACGCGGACACAAGCCAGGAGCUAGCUUUCCGUGUCCCUGUUUAUGAAUCUCCAUCUUUGAAAGCCAGCACAGGCUAACACCAAAACGUAGCGCUGGGACUAAGUUCAUAGGUCUCAGGUGUAGUUCCCGCAGGGCCCACCGGAGGGCGCCUUCUGUCACUCCGAGCUUCGGCCAGGGUUCCCAGCCUCUGGUACACACAGGCUCUGAGUUGCAUCCCGCUUGCAACCUCUGGGCCUAGCAGAGCCCUCUAGUGGGCUGACAUGCUGAGUGGAUGGAUCCUUCUGGAAAAGCCUUCCAUGUUUCCGCGUGAAUGUUCCUCCUUCUAAUGGCAGCAGUGGACUCUUCCAGCCACCAAGUUAGAAGCCCACUGGCGUGGAGUCCUGGCUCGGAAGGAGAUCAAGAGGAGGAAGUGGGCGGUGCAGAUUAUACGGAGGUUCAUCAAGGGUUUCAUCAACCGUGACAAACCCCUUUGCCCUGACAACGAGGAGUUCUUACUGCUCGUGAGGAAGAAUUACAUCCUGAAUCUUCGCUACCACGUGCCAAAGAACGUUCUGGACAAGAGCUGGCUGAGGCCUCCGGGCAUCCUGGAGAACGCUUCCAAUCUGCUUAGAAGGAUGUGCACGAGGAACCUUGUUCGGAAGUACUGCCGUGGAAUCUCAGCCGAGAGGAAAGCCAUGAUGCAGCAAAAGGCAGUGACCAGUGGGCUAUUCCGGGGAAAGAAGGAGGGCUACGCAGAGAGCUUAAGCCAACCCUUUGCCAGCAGCAGGCUGGAUGAAGGCAAGAUAAACCCCAAAGUGCUUCAACUGCUGGGCAGCGAGAAGAUCCAGUACGGUGUCCCGGUCAUCAAGUAUGACAGAAAAGGCUUCAAGGCACGACAGCGGCAACUCCUCCUCACGCUGAGGUCAGCGUACCUGGUGGAGUUUUCCAAAAUCAAGCAGAAGAUGGAGUACUCAGCUCUGAGAGGUGUCUCCACCAGCAGCCUUAGGGAUGGAAUCCUAGUCAUUCACGUCUCACCAGCAGACAAACAGCAAAAGGGGGAUACCAUCCUGCAGUGUGAACACAUAUUUGAGGUGGCCACCAAGCUCGCCAUGCUGAUUAAGAGGGAGCAUGUCGUCCGGGUUGUCCAAGGAAGUUUACAGUUCUGUGUCAGUCCCGGGAGAGAAGGCACGAUAGUUUUUGAGACUGGAGAGGAAGACCAAGUCUAUAAGGAUAAAAACGGACAGUUAAGAGUGGUGUCGGCGGGGAAGAAGACCUGACAGAGGAUGGCCCUCCACGGUCACUACUGUUCCAGCUGAGGCACGUUACGGCACAAGCGCCGACCUGCUCCAGUUACCCAUGCUCAGGGCCAGUGCAGCAGCUCCUGGAGGAUGGCUGCAGCAAGGAGCCUGUGCCACGGCAAAGCCAGGUCUCAGGCCGCACUGCAUCCAAAUGCUUCCUGGGAGCCAACCUAGAGUCACCCCGUCCCUGGCAGAACCCAUUUUAGGUGCACACCAGAGGUGGUCACAGGGCGGACGGCAGGCUGCUAAGACACAGGAGUAGGGGAACCUUGUCAAGUCGCCCAACUUGAAUUCUGCUGUACAUGACACGCAUGCUGCCAGGGACUGGGCGAAGCUCCCAGAUCCCAGAGAGGGAGUGGGGGUCCUGACCCCAAUCUGCUAACACCAGCCAAUUCACUCCAUUGCUUCACAAGCCCCUCAGCUUCCUCUUAGUGCUUAAGCCCUACAGAGAAGGACUCGACUCUGAGGUGGCCUGGCCCUCGCUGCACGCCAGCAGCCAGGCUGAGUCAGACAUUCUUGAAAAGACCACAAGGCGGAGGAGGAGAAGCAGAGUUUAACGUUUAUUUUACAUGUGUCCGCAGACGCUUGUACAAGAGUGAGCACUUCUAAAACUCCCAGCAUGGUUUUAUAGUGCAGAGGCAGGAAGGUAGUGAUGUGAUUCUGUGACCAGGGACUGAAUGGAGCCCUCUGGCCUGCACGCACUCUGGGGAGGGCUGAACACCAACACUGAGAAGCAGGUAUGGGACGUGGCCCUUGAGUGGGAUCUGAGCCUCCAGAGAGGUCAAACAGCCCAUCUUCCACAGCAGGAACAGGAAGCUGUGUCAGACCUGCUGGGGUGCAGCCCGCCACCCGACAGUGAAUUGUGAGCCCUUAGCAUGCAAAGUUCACUCUUCUCACAGCGACUCACUAGAUGGUGACCUGGAAACGCUGACUACCGCCCUUCACGCCAGCGGUGGGACCUGAGGCAGAGCUUUGGAGAUGGGCGCUGGUUGGGCCUGGCUGGACACAGCCACCAGUGGUUUCAGGCACCAUGGAAUGUUCGCUAGGUCUGUUCCUACCCCUGGGAGUGGAGGCACAAAGCUACAGGCACAAGGUUUGAGGCUAGAGGAAGGUAGAGAGAGCUGCCAAACCAGUAACCUAAGGCCAGAGGCCCAGGCAAGUCAGAUUGUGCUGCUCGGCUGUUCUGCACAUGAACUUAAAGGGUGGAUCAUGGCUUUUCCAUU